GCCGCCGCCAUGGGGCGGUACUCGGGCAAGACGUGCCGCCUCAUCUUCAUGCUGGUGCUCACCGUCGGCUUCUUCGUGGCCGAGCUGGUGUCCGGAUACCUGGGCAACUCCAUCGCGCUGGUGUCCGACUCCUUCAACAUGCUCUCGGACCUCAUCUCCCUCUGCGUGGGGCUCUCCACCGGGCGCAUCGCCCGCCGCAGCCGCCGCGGUCCCCGCGCCACCUACGGCUACAGCCGCGCCGAGGCGGUGGGAGCGCUCAGCAACGCCGUGUUCCUCACCGCGCUCUGCUUCACCAUCCUCGUGGACUCCGUCCUGCGCCUCGCCCGCCCUGAGCCCAUAGACGACGCCCAGCUGGUGCUCAUCGUCGGCACCCUCGGCCUCGCCGUCAACGUCGUGGGGCUCCUCGUCUUCCAGGACUGGGGCGCCUGCUGCCGUGGGCGACGCCCGUGCCCCGCUCCGCCCGCGGCGGCCGCGCUGCAGGACGUGUCCCCCGGCGGCAUCCCGAACGGCGAGGAGGAUGGAGCAGGUGAUUCACCAAAUGACCAAAAGAGCCCUGAAGAGGGGUUUGAGGAGAAAAAAGAGAAAAAAUCUGAAGCCUUGAACAUCAGAGGUGUUCUUUUGCAUGUUAUGGGAGAUGCACUUGGAUCUGUGGUCGUGGUAGUUACUGCUACUAUCUUCUAUGUACGGCCUCUGGGGGAUGCUCCGUGCAAUUGGCAGUGCUACAUUGAUCCAAGCCUGACAAUAGUUAUGGUGCUCAUCAUCUUGUCUUCUGCAUUCCCACUUAUAAAGGAGACCUCAACUAUUUUGUUGCAGAUGGUCCCCAAAGGUGUUGAUAUGCAACUACUGACUGACAGACUAGCUCGUGUACCAGGGGUGAGCAGCCUCCAUGAGGUGCACGUCUGGGAGCUGGCAAGUGGGAGGAACAUCGCCACUCUUCAUGUCAAGUGCCAGACCCCUUCUGAUUACCAAAGUGCUGCUUACCAAAUACGGAAGAUUUUCCACAAGGCAGGAGUCCAUUCUGUGACCAUCCAGCCUGAGUACACUGACCACAAGACCUCAUAUCUACUGUGCAGCUCACCCUGCAUCUCAAAAGCCUGCGACUCGCAUCUGUGCUGCAGCCAGAGGCAGCCCCCCCGGGCUGAAACGAAUGGCUACGUGGAGAAAAGUGAAAGCUCCGUUUCUGCACAGCACAAAGACAAUGGUUCAAGGAAAAGUGACGUUGAAAUCCCUAUGGAGGACCCAGUGGCAGAGGAGAAUGUGAAAAAUUGUGACGUGUCUGGUGACAAAUCACAGUCGGGUAGUACGCGAUUUUAGGCAGUUCGCUCUGCUCUGUGCUCUCAUGGAGCAAACAUAUCUUGCCUGGGAAGGGGGGCAUCGGUGGUUGUAGCUGAAGUUGAUGUGGCAAAAAGAUUUGUGUGCUUUAGCUGUAAACCAAAACACACCUAAAACCCCCUUGUACCUGAAAUAAGGAUUAAGAUUUCCACCAAGGCUGUUGCAUUCACGUGAUUUUUGUGAUGCAGCCUUACUCAGUUCCUUACCAAACUAAGGCUGAAUUCCUGCUGUUAGAGUGGAUGGGGUAUGUUGCUCUCUGUCUGCACUGAUGUUUGCAGUUCGUGGCCAGUAGCACUGGGAAAGAACCUCUGGCCUUUCCUGCUGGAGCGAGCUGUUUCUUGAAAGCCCUGUGGCCAGUUAAUGAUUGUACUGGGCUGAAGUACUGUAUAUUUAUAAAGGACUUCAGUAGAGAGAUGCUUUGCUGAUCCUUAAACCCCAUUUUUGCAUGGACAGUUCAUUUUUAACAAUAACAAUUCUGGCCAGUGGAGUUUGUGAAUGAAAUUAAGAGUGUCUAAGGGGAAGCACUCAGGAAUUAUGACUUGUGUUAUUUUCUUUAUUGACUCCUGUAUUUUGGGACAGAGCAGAAGCUGGUCUUGCUUCUCUACAAGUAAUACUGGAGUCCCAGCCUAAUCACAGAUGAGUGUGCUAAGGAACAGACUGCUUGUCAUGAAAGCAAAUAAGUACCUACCAACGUUGUCUGUAUUGAUUCUAGCAAAUGGAAAUGCAGGUAGUCAUCCAAUUAACUUUUAUCUUUUCACUGUUGUGAUUGUACAACUCAGUCUUUUAAAGUUCUUGUUAGCCUUCUCCUGACAACACAAGUUCCAAGAGCCAUGGUCUUAUUUCAUCAUUGUGUAGGAUAAUUGCAUUAUCUUUAACACUGAGUCUGUCAUUAUUCAUGCUGAAUAAAUAAGCUAAUGUGUUUAUUAUGAACAGUUGAAAUUCUGCAAUUCUAUUAUUAAGGCAUAAUUUAAUAUUGUAUUAAUUAAGGAAGCACCUUUAAAGUCUUUUAUGCAGUAUUAUCACUUAGAGGGAGCUUUAAGAAAUUUAAACCAGGAAAUUUUUCCUGGUUUAGUCUCAAUCAUUUCUUUUUGGCUGGUUUUAAAGGUCUUGAUGCCUUGAACUCUACUCUCUGCCCUGGUCCUCCUCACCCUGCCCAAACAUGUAUCUCAAAAUGUAUUUAGUGAAGAAGUUUACUCCCUUUUUGCUGCUUUCUGAAGGUAUGCAAGGGUGCUCUAAGGAAAACAAGGUGAUGAGCCCUGUCUCCAGUGCUGGAUUUCAGUCCAGUGGGCUCCACAGGUUUCUGGGAGGGGAAACCCACUACUCAAUCCACACUGUGUCUAGGGCUUGAUCUCCCUGGCUAUGCAGAUCAGAUCCAGAAGAUUCCAAAUAUAAUUUAUUGACAAAAGAGCCUUUCAAUGGUCUGUGUGGCCUGGACAGGCUAUUUUAUCAAUUCAUUCACAGGGACACCUUUGAAAAAUAGUUGUGUCUUUGCCUCAGUGGCAUCUUAACAGAAAGGGCAAAUUGAUUUCCAGCCUGGACUGGGAAAAUACCAGGACCUCCUUGUAGGGAUGGCUUAAAAGCAGCCAACUCCUUAUUAAUAAAGAUGAUUGCAAUAAUUCAAUGAAUAUUGAAACACACAGCAGGAUAUUUUAUUGCUUGGAAUGUAGUUUUUACUGAAGCAGUGAUUUCAGUCUGAAUAGAACAUUUCUAGAAU